UCAUUUCUGAGGGAAAGACAGAGAGCGAGAGAAGGCAACACUUUACUGUAUGCAAGACAACAACUGCUGUAAAGAAGACAUGCAUGGCAGAGAAAGUUUGAUUGAAGGAGGGAGGGCAAGAAUGCCAGAGAGCGAAUGAGGAGGUAGAGUGAGUGGUGGGGGGGAGCGAAAGAGAAAAGGCGGAAUGCAACAGGCUCCUUUAUUCACACAGAGAGACACAUCUGACUUAUACAAGUCAACUGAGCUGCUCUCGUUCAGCCCUUCACUCCAGACCUCCAUCUACCGCCAGAAUCACCAUAUCAGGCACCUGUUGGAUUUUAUAAUUGUACAUCAAUUUUGGAUCACUUGAGUUCAUCAUCCCUCCAAAUCAGUGCUACACAAACCAACAAAAGUUUAUAAUGGAUUUACGAUUAGCUCACAGAGUUUAGUAAGAGAAUUCCUUUUAUAAAAAGUGCCAAAGUGAGAAGUGAGAUAGUGGUAGGAGACAGAUAAUUCACCAUCUCAACAACAGCAACAUUGGACCAUCUUUCGACGCUGGAGGAGCGCCAUCAUAAAAAUGGCAACCAAUAGGGAGAGGCCUGUGAGUCAUAUGACAGGGUUCUACCCCUUUGCCUUCAGUUCAAUGCGAAACCACUCCCCCUUUGAUCUUCUGGCCAAUGGCAGCCUCUUUGGACGAUUUGGGGCGGACCUUCCUAAAGAGAUGGCAGCUCUGUCGGUGGAGACCCAGAGCACAAGCUCAGAGGAGAUGGUUCCUAGUUCUCCUUCUCCACCCCCUCCUCCUCGUGUCUAUAAACCCUGCUUUGUGUGCCAGGACAAAUCUUCUGGCUAUCAUUAUGGAGUCAGCUCUUGUGAGGGCUGCAAGGGUUUUUUCCGUCGCAGUAUCCAGAAAAACAUGGUGUAUACCUGCCACAGAGACAAAAACUGCCAGAUCAACAAGGUGACACGCAACCGCUGUCAGUACUGCCGACUGCAGAAGUGCUUUGAGGUUGGCAUGUCUAAGGAAGCGGUGCGGAACGACAGGAAUAAGAAAAAGAAGGAUGUAAAAGAGGAGGUGGUUCUUCCAGAAAGCUACGAGCUGAGUGGAGAACUGGAAGAACUGGUUAACAAAGUCAGCAAAGCGCACAGGGAAACCUUCCCUUCCCUCUGUCAGCUCGGAAAAUACACGACCAACUCCAGUGCGGAUCACAGGGUUCAGCUGGAUCUUGGACUGUGGGAUAAGUUCAGUGAGCUCUCUACUAAAUGCAUUAUAAAGAUUGUGGAGUUUGCCAAACGUCUGCCAGGUUUUACUUCACUCACCAUUGCGGACCAGAUCACCUUACUGAAAUCUGCCUGCCUUGAUAUACUGAUGUUGCGGAUUUGUACUCGCUACACUCCGGAGCAGGACACUAUGACCUUCUCGGAUGGGCUGACCCUCAACAGAACACAGAUGCACAACGCUGGUUUCGGUCCACUCACAGACCUGGUGUUUGCUUUUGCCGGGCAGCUCCUGCCUCUGGAGAUGGAUGACACAGAGACAGGCCUCCUUAGCGCCAUCUGCCUUAUCUGCGGAGACCGCAUGGACCUGGAGGAGCCUCAUCGGGUGGAUCAGCUACAGGAGCCUCUGCUAGAGGCGUUAAAGAUCUACGCUCGCCGCCGACGCCCCAACAAACCUCACAUGUUCCCACGGAUGUUGAUGAAGGUUACUGACCUCCGAGGCAUCAGCACUAAAGGAGCGGAGCGAGCCAUCACUCUGAAGAUGGAGAUCCCAGGACCGAUGCCUCCUCUGAUCAGAGAGAUGCUGGAGAACCCGGAGGCCUUUGAGGAGAACUCUGACUCUAAAGAUAGUGCAGCUGCCGCCCCCCUGCCGCCUCCCGCCAUCCAGGCCAUCAAACGUGAGAGGGACGAGGAAUCCACCCUGGAGGAUGAAGAAGACGAGGAGGAUGAGUGUGCAGAGGAGGGACGGGAUAGAGCAGGGGACAGUGAGGAUGAGGAAUGGGGACUCCUGCAAGUGGACAUGGGUGGAGCUAGAAAGAGUGCAACAGGAAGAGCACAGUGACUGCUGGAGGACAGUAUGUAUGCGGGUCUGAUACAUACAUACAACAGCAGCCAACAUUGUAUUUUAGACACCUGAUCAGUUGAAACAAACAGAUUUUCCAUCAUUCAGUCAAACAAACAGCAUUGUUUCCCAUAAUGACUUUAUAUGAAACAAAUAAACAUGCACAACUUUGCACAUCUAGUUUCCCUCAGCUAAAAAUAACAUCCUUAAGAACAUGACAACGCUGUUACUUCAGACAGUGUUUCUCUAAAUGAAUAGAGAGAGAAAUUAAAAAAAAGAGUGCAAGACUAGAGAAAGAUAAGCCAUUGUGCCAUAUCUGGAAGUUACUUGGUAUAUGCGUAUUUUGUACUACAUUUGGAGAUGCCAAAUAUUUAAGAAUGCAUCCCAAAGCCUUGUUCUUUAAGGGAAACAUUUUUUUCACGACUGUAUAUGGAUGCAUAAUCAGAACUGCUCAAUGAGAAAAGAGAAAAACAACAAACAACCACACAAACGACCGAUUCAAUGGUCUAAAAACCUUUUUUCGAGACAUACAUUUACUGCAUAACUUUGUACUCUUGAUGUUGCAUUGUCUCAGUUAUAUGACAUUUUGUAUAUGCACACUUUUCAACAUCUCUAUGCUUCUUUCAGUGUGUUUUUUUGUGUUUUUGAGUACAUGCUUUUUACUAAACGCUCCAACAUGUUAUCCUACAGCCAUACUCUACAUCUGAAUUUGACAUUUAUACCAAUUUUAGGGUUUUGGGCAUUAGAAGAUUAUAUAAAUUUUUAGAUUGAUAUUUUAAAUUUAAAAUAAAAUUUUUAGAUCUAGAUUUAUAACAUUAGCUCAGAAUACAGAAUACAUCACAUUCAUUAUGUUAUUACGUACAAAUCAAACCUUUCACUCAGGGCAAAUCAAGGACCAAAGGUGACAUGUCUCAUAGAUCAGAGCAUGCGUGCACUAUUUGAUCUUUAGCUUUAAAAGCUGAAAUGUAACGUUUUACUCUGGGAUCUAGAAGAGUUCCAUGAUUAGGUAUUAAAAGCAAUAAUACACUAUGUUGUACAAGAACUCUAUAGUAAUGUGUCAAAUAUGAGCCGAGCAUAUAUGAGUAGUGGCGUGCACAAGCGAUUCCGUUCAAUCCCAUAACCAUGUCAAAAAUGUUCCUUUGUAGGUCGUGGGGGGGAAAAAAAUAAUUAGGCGAAGGUUCCCUAUCAGAGUGGCUUCAAGAAACUUUUUUUUACUUUUUCCCUGCCAUUGACGGAAUUUUCUGUCUCUCUCUGUUUUCACUAUUAAACAGUAGGGGGCGCUAUUACGCAUCUUCUGAAAGAGUAAAGAAUCUCCAGAUCAAAACACAGGCAAAAAAGGAGCAGAAAAAAGUUAUAAAAGCAUUGCUUGGUUAUGUUGUAGUCUUUGGGAAAAAAAGAAAAAAAAAAGGAAAAAAAGGAAAAAAAAAACAUUUCUUUCUUUUGAACAAAAUGCUGAUUUUUUUAUUUAUGAAACUUACCCACAUUCAAGUGUUGAUAAAA